CAGUGCGGGUCAGAGUCCGCGGUGCGGGGCGCAGUUUCAGUUUCCGGUUUUGCUGAUCGGCGGAUGAGUGUGCGAGGUCGACGUGCUGAGCUGCGGUCCUCAAUCCGGACGUUAUUUGAAUCGUUUCUCGGUGUGUUUGUUGCUGAAGUGUGUGUCGGAGCUGAAUCAGGCAGAAAGCCGUGUUUAGAGAUGUGUUAAAAUUAGCCGCUGUGCUGCAGGAGUGUGUUGUGUUGUGGAGUGGAGUGGUUAAUGAGGCGGAGGCAGGAGUAAUGUCUGGAUGAACAAACUCUCCAACAACAAGACACAACUUCUCUAAUGAGCGGUUUACUCCGAGCGUAAUGGCGACAAAGGCGCAGGUUUUAUACGACUUCACAGCAGAGCCGGGCAAUAAUGAGCUGUCGGUGAGAGAGGGCGAGACGAUCACGAUCACCAACCAGAGCAUAGGCGGAGGAUGGAUCGAGGCGCAGAACAGCAGGGGCGAGGUCGGGCUGGUGCCUGAGGACUAUGUGGAGGUCGGUAAGCCUCAGGCGUUUGCGGCAGGAGGAAGUGUGCCACCGAUUGACCUUUCCUUCUUUGACAGUCAUGCUACAGCGAGUAACACACAAGGCCAGGUGGAUGUAGCUCAGCCAGAAACCCCACUCACCCCCAUCACCCCCGUCACCCCCGUGCUCCCGGCCCUGACCUCCCCCGACGAGACGAGUAACGGCAAUGACCCGUGGGCCGUGUUCGACACUAACGCCUCUGGGGGCUUCUCCAAUAACUGGGCUGCGCAGCCUGAAGGCACAGAGACGGGGCAGAGCGGCAACAACGCAUGGGGAUCAGGUGGACACGGCCACCCUCACGCCUACCCGGGCCCAGGUGCCGAGGAUGACGAGUGGGACGACGAGUGGGACGAGAGGAAGUCUGGCGGGUUUGGGGAAAGCGAAGCAAGCGACGGCGGCGCCAUCAACAGAGGAGGAGCUCAUGGAUCCUCCAUGAAAAUCACUCUCAACAAAUUCCCAGGAUUCUCCAAAUCAGGCCCUGAGCUUUACCUCCUGUCCAAACAGGCCUCCAAAGGACCCAAGCUGUCCAUCUAUAGCGGUGAGGUCGGCCCGGUCUGGGAGUACACUGAGCCUCAGCUGGACUGCGUUGUAGCAGACCCCAAAAAGGGCUCCAAAAUGUACGGUCUGAAGAGCUACAUCGAGUACCAGGUCAUGCCUAACACUACCAACAAACCUGUCAAUCAUCGAUACAAGCACUUUGAUUGGCUGUAUGAGAGACUUUUGGAGAAGUUUGGGUCAGCCAUCCCCAUCCCAUCCCUGCCUGACAAGCAGGUCACAGGACGUUUCGAGGAGGAGUUCAUCAAGAUGCGUAUGGAGAGGCUUCAGGCCUGGAUGUCCAGAAUGUGCCGGCAUCCCAUCGUCUCCAACAGCGAGGUGUUCCAGCUCUUCCUCACCUACAAGGAUGAGAAGGACUGGAAAAUGGGGAAGAGAAAAGCAGAGAAGGACGAGACGGUCGGGGUGAUGAUCUUCUCCACGAUAGAGCCUGAGGGACUGCCAGACCUGGAUCUCCUCGAAGUCGAGCAGAAGUGUGAGCAGUUCAGUCGUUUCACCAAGUCCAUGGACGAUGGAGUGAAGGACCUUCUGACUGUCGGAAACGAGCACUGGAAGCGCUGCACAGGCCCUCUGCCGAAAGAGUACCAGCGGAUCGGGAAAGCCUUCCAGAACCUGUCGUCCGUCUUCACCAGCAGUGGAUACGAAGGAGAAGCUACGCUCACUGACGCUCUCACUGCAGCGGGGAAGACCUACGAGGAGAUCGCGCAGAUGGUGGCCGAGCAGCCUAAAAAAGAUCUUCACUUCCUCAUGGAGACGAACAACGAGUACAAAGGGCUUCUGGGAUGCUUCCCCGACACCAUCGGAGUUCACAAGGCCGCCAUAGAGAAGGUCAAAGAAGCAGACAAACUGGUGGCCACCAGUAAAAUCACCGCUGGAGAAAAAGUCACUAUGGGCAAGCGAGUCAGCACCAUGUCUUAUGCAUUACAAGCGGAGAUGAACCAUUUCCAUAGUAACCGCAUCUACGAUUACAACCGAGUGAUGCAGCAGUACCUGGAGCAGCAAGUCAAAUUUUACGAGAUGAUUGCGGAGAAGCUGAGACAUGCUCACAGUCAGUUCACUACCAUGUAAAGAAGAGGACUGCACUGAAUCUCACACACAGGACUCUCUCUCUUUCUCCCUCUCUCACACUCUCUCUCUCUCUCUCUCUCUCUCGUUCCUUUCCUCAGUUCCUCUUUAACAACUUUGUCUAUGACCUCAGUGCCAUAAAAAGAUUAUGUUGAUCUCAGACCAAAGGAGGUUUGGUAAAAUAUAUCACAUCCUCUCUUACAACAACGGAACACCUGCCUGUGACGUUCUGUAUUUAAAGCCGAGCGUCCCGAAAGGAGCCGAGGGAUGCGACAGACGGCACAGACACCAGGUACUCUUAGUACUGUUUAACACCAUCACUUGGUGUGUGUUCCCUUAAUGCUAAUUCCGUCCAGUGUUUUUUCUCUCCAAUCCAGUCACAUUAUUAUUAUUAUUAUGAUUAUUAUUAUUAUUAUUAUUAUUAAGGAAUGAUAUUUGUGCCGCUAGGAAGAUCAGUUUGAAUUUUUUUUUAUGCUUUGAAAUUGUGUAUCAGGUUUUAAAGAUUAAAAUCUAAUAAGUCGAAUUUGCACGCGAUGCAAAUUCUCGUCUCGUUUAGUUCUGAAAUAAUCCGAUCCAGCAAAAUUCCUGCGUAGACUUUGGUGCCACAAAUCACCUCACACGUUCGGUCAAUCUAAACGUGGUUUCGGCCAAUCGGCGGCCAGGAAAACGGUGGCGUGCCUCACGAUGGACUCGAUCCGGAAACGAUCUGUGCUGCCGAAGUACGAACGUGGAACUUUUUAGGUAACACUUUAUUCUUCGUGUGUAUUCAUGGCACAUUCAUAAGUAUUAUAUUAUAUAUUCUAGUGUAAAUCCUCUAUAUGAACCUAAAGCGAUAUCGAUUCGACGUCACUUGCUGAACUCAGGGUUGGGGAAAUUAAUAACUUGCUAUACGACGACGAUGAUGAAAUUUUACCGUACGUUUGACCCGUAGCAAUAAAUAUCACAUACCACGUAAAAAAAAAAAUGUUUACAUAUGCGUCUCUUUAGAUGAGAUUUACACAAUGCUUAUCGGUGUUGUAGGGUAUAAAGUGUGACCAAAUUAAAAAAUGAAUUUUGCAUGGAAUUGUGUUUUAAAACUUCACUUACAAAUAAUUCUUCUUUUUUUUUUUUUUUGCACACAAUUUCAAUAUAAAUAUUCCAGCGGCACAAAUGUCAUGUCAUAUAGGACUGUGAUUCAGUAUGGAAGAAAAGAAUCGUCUAGAAAGAACGACGGGACGAUCGAGUCUCUUACACGCUCCCCCACCCCAUACUGUCUUUUUUUUUUUUUUUCUUUCUUUCUUUCUUCUUCCUUGUUGUUUGGUUUGUUUUGGAGUCGUAGAGGUUUGGCCUCGUCAAUGUGCCUUCAUGUGCUGAGGAACUUCAGCAUGUGUCACUAUGCUAUGCACUUUCCAUUCACAGUGCCAAAAUAUAACAAGCAAUUUGUAUAACCUGUCUAUAAUCGCUCUCUCUCUCUCACACACACAUACACAAGUCUGGUUUUUGAGCAUCUAAAGGAGGGCUGGUCCUUUUUGCACAUGUAAUCUUAUCUGACAUCAUACAAACGCUUUUUUUUUUUUUUUUUUUUUUUUUUUUUUUUCUCUCCCC